AUGUUUGCCAUGAAUUCCGCGCCACUUUUAUUAUUUUCAGCUAGCUCCUCAUGCAUGUCAUGCAAACAUGGCAGAUCUUAAAGAAGUCGGUCCGUCAGAAGCUACUACCAGCAGUACCAAAACAACUCCGACUCCUGCAUCCUACAGCAGGGAUGAACUGCCAGAUCUACUCCCUGUGUACUACAAACGUCUUUUUCCGUACAACCAGUAUUACCGAUGGCUAAACUAUGGCGGCCUGCCCAAGACCUACUUUACAAACCGUGAGUUUUCGUUCACACUGAAAGAUGACAUCUACAUACGAUAUCAAUCGUUUGCUGAUCAGAGCGAGAUGGAGAAGGAGAUCCAGAAACGCUGUCCAUACAAGAUUGACAUUGGGGCAGUCUUCACUCACAGGCCCAAGGACCAUAGGACAGUGAAGGCGUCAUCUUUUCAAGCCCAGGAGAAGGAGCUUGUGUUUGAUAUCGACAUGACUGACUAUGAUGAUGUCAGAUCCUGCUGUCAAGGAGCAGAUAUUUGUGAGAAAUGUUGGCCUCUGAUGAAGAUUGCCGUCCGUGUUGUUGACAGAGCAUUACAAGAUGACUUUGGUUUUGACCAUCGUUUGUGGGUUUACUCCGGCCGGCGUGGGGUUCAUUGCUGGGUCGCUGAUGACGCCGCUCGUAAGCUAUCCCAGAAUGCACGGUCGGCCAUCGCUGAAUAUCUCAGCAUUGUCAAGGGAGGGGAAAAUCAGGUGAAGAAAGUCAACCUACCAGAACACCUACAUCCAUCCAUAGAACAAGCAAGACGGGUCAUCAACCAUUACUUUGAGGACUACACAUUUGAGAAGCAAGGCCUUCUGGGAGACAAGGCAUCAUGGGAUCAAGUCCUGGCUAUCGUUCCUGACAGCAAUCUGAGGAAGCUCCUAGCCGACCAGAUGGAAAAGGCCAAGACACCAGCUGACAGAUGGGACCGGUUAGAGCGCUGCAUCAAGGGUGAAGUCAGCAAAGGAAAUGUGAAGAAGUGUCUGCACCUGGCCACAGAGAUCAAAUUCCAGUACUGCUACCCCAGGCUGGACGUCAACGUCAGUAAAGGCCUCAAUCAUUUACUCAAGAGCCCCUUCUGUGUCCAUCCUAAGACCGGUCGUGUCUGCGUGCCGUUUAGUGCCAGGGAUGUUGACGACUUUGAUCCUCUGACUGUGCCAGACAUCAGUCAGCUGUGCCGUGAGAUUGAUGAAUUUGAUCGGAGGCAGAAAGCAGCCACCGACGAAAAUGAGCCACCAACAAAGAAGAGAAUAAAAGACUACAAGAAGACCAGUAUGCUUCAGAGUGUCCAAGUAUUUGAGGAGUUUGUCUCAGGCUUGGAGAAGAUGUGGAAAGGCAAACUGAUUGAACAAAGUGAUAUCAAGAAAGAAUUUUGAACAUUCAAUUCGACGCUGCUGAGAUGAAGAUGAGAAACCAAUCACCAUGGCAACUGGCUGUCAUGGCAACAGACUGCCAAAGCAAUACAGCCAUUAUUGGCAUGACAUCAACCUAAGACAAUAGGGCCAAAUAUCAACACUUUACCUAACAGCAAAGAGACCGCUCACUUUUGCACAAUGUAAAUAUUGCUCUGACUCGUCAGCUUCAAGCUAUUACUGUUUACAACUAUCUCUUCAAGUGCAAAAGAAAUACGACACAAAGAAACAGAUCUAAGCUGCAUUAGUUAAUUUGGCUUGUUUCAAACGGCAACUGAAAUAAUCUACAUCAUAGCAUUUACAUAAUUCCUCUGUCGUUAAUUUCCUUUAAAUUCAAGUUUGUUUUUUUCUUCAUUUUUAUCCUGAAAAUAAGGCCACAUCAUGACUUCAGACAACAUAUCAAAGUACAUUGGCUUGGUAUUAUUAUUAUCACAUUGUGGCAACAUUUCUACAUUUUAUCUGUACAGAAAUUCUCGGCAAGCCUUAGUAAUAGGCUGUGCACUUGGCACUUGAGAAAUAGAGUUUUGUACACAGUGAAACAUACUUGUAUUAAAAAAAUGUUUAAUACAAUGACUUGUAUUAAUGUAAUUGAAAAGGUCAAGUAUGUCAUUUAAAUUGAGUCUAUAGCACACAGUGGUGUUAAUCCUAAAACAAAUUAAAAGUUCUUAGGAUCAUUUGCAACUGAACUCAAACCACAUUGUUGUAGAAAUCUAUAUUUAUGAAGUAAAGAUUGACGUGCUACAAAAACACUGAAAAAUUUUUCCGUCCGGCUUGACCAGGCUCCAGAUAGUGCCCAUUUAAGUCUGAUAACCCAUAUGCAAAUGGAAUUAAAAAGUAGCACUUCUUGGGCAUGUUUCAAUUGGGCUUGGAAUGCACGGCCAAGUCGGCUUACAUUCAGCAAAACUUCAACAGAUUUCACAAAAGAAAAGGAACAAAACAUAUAUACAUGGUUGUAAACCACUUUCUUAAAAAGUUUAGUAUCCACUUUACUGUAACUUAAACUGGUUACAUAAAAACAACAUCCAGCGUGUUUGAUUUUAAAGGUUUCUGUGAAAAAAAUGAAAUCAUCAAUGAUCUUAUAGCUUAUAAUCCUUUGGUUAAAAGUACCUGUACAUGUAUAUAAUACAAGGAUCCAAUACAUGUAUAUGUUAUUUGUAAUAAUCCUUCGUACACUGAACUGCCCAAAAUUACCCGCCCACUCUUCGCUGGUCCGCCCAAAAUCUUGAGUGAUACAGCUGAUGGCAGCUAUGGAAUGGCCUGGUGAUUUUGGGUAG